AAUCGUAAUGACGGUCCGUGUGAGGCAGCCGAGUUUGACUCCGGAGGAAAUGAGCAUGGUAUCUACAUUAAAAAAUGCCUUUGCAUCUUUACGUGCCAUGCGUGUGUAUUCCACACCCUGACUCUCAGCAAAACAGAGGCAAGGGAGGACUGAGCGAUGUUGGACGCGUUAUUAUUGCAACCAACGGGACAGUGAAACAAAUUGGGAAAAGCCAAGCGCAGACAUAUUGAUUUCCAAGCUAACACCCGCCCGACUCCUGUCCUCAGCCCGACCUCAUGGAUCCCGGUGGAAGUGAUCUGGACUCCAGCCUGCCUCAACCCGAGAACCCGUGUCUGAUCGUGGAGGACUCUCAGCCGGACAGCGUCGCUUUGGAGGACGACCCCGAGAGCAGCUACCGAGCUUUGUUGGCCCGUCGCCUGUCCAGCCUGCAGCCCACCGCCCGCAGCCCAGUUCUGGAGCUGAUAUCUUCACCACUAGGAAGCAGAUGCUCUCAGACUGACAGCCAAUCAGAGAGCUCCCAGAGUAACAACCUAGCUGAACCCGGGAUCCUCACGGCAGCCAACCCGAGUUCAGCGUUCCAGGAGGAGAGUCAACUUCUGGACAUCUGCCCUCCUGCAAACAAAAAGAAGUGUGCACCAGAGGAAACUGAUAUGGAUUCUGGAGCUGACUCUACCACGCACUGCAUUCAGUCUGAGGAGGGGACCUCUCAGUUUGGUUUUCUUGAGCUUUCUCAGAGUCAGGAUCUGCGUGGAGAAGAGGUGAACAGUCAGGAGGACAUGACUCCUCAGCCAGACAGUGAGAGACGCACCAAAUCAGCAGCAGCAGCAGAGCAGAACAUCAGCUCCAGGACUUCAGCGAGUCAGGACAGCAAGUCUGUGAGAUCUGAGGUGAGCUCCAGCAGCUCCUCUGACUCUCCGGGUCAGUCGGGCAGGCAGCUGAGUGUCCAGGUUCUGCUGCACUCGCAGGGCUUCCAGGCCUCUGGUGAGCAGGACCGGCAUGACUCUGAGAUCCUGUCCUCGCAGGAGGACCUGUUCGACGCUGACAAGACAGGUGCUGCGGUUGACAGCACAGUGUCCGAGCCAGAGCAGCAGGGUCACCCCACCUCGACACCUGCCCACACCCUGCGACUGCUGCAUCUCUCUGGACAGGGAUCACUGGUGCAGGAAAGUCUGUCCCAGAGCUCGGUCGAUUAUGUCGCUCCAACCCCAGACCACUUCACCCACACUCCCUUAAUUGUUCCAAGCUCGCCGACCGGACCGGAGAAUGAACACGGUGCUGAUGAACCGAUGGAUACUUCGUUGCCCCCAGAAGAUGGAGCAGGGGACAGGGAGGAACAGCCGAUGGAAACGGAGACCACCUCUAAGCCGCACCCAUCCGCUUCUACGCCUGUAUCCCAGAAUUCCCCUGGUUUUGUGUUGGAGCGCAAUAUCUCUUUACCCUCCCAGCCAGAUUUCUCUCAUAGCUCAAAGGUGACAUCUUCAGAUUGUCUUGUCCGGCCAACAGCUGAUGUGAUCACAAGUUCAACUAAAUCUGACGUGUUUGUUCCCACACAGAGCCAGGAGGCUCCACAGCAGUCGGAGAAGAAGUCGACAUCUUUGCCUCGUGAGACACCGUCUCAACAUCUGGAGUCGACUCCUUUCAGUUUGCCUUUGCAGCUCUCUGAGAACACGGAGAGGUGUAGUCCGGCUCAGCAGACCUCAAGACAGAUUGAAGAGGACAGUCAGGCCACGCAGAUCGAGGAAUUGGAAGAGCCACCCGGCGUCGACACCAGCGACUCUGUGAUUUCACGCUGCGAUCAGAGGAGCGAGAGCAACGGCGCCCCCUCACAAUCACAAACCGCCACCAGUUCAAAAGCUUCCACCUCUGCUGUAUCACCAAAGCAUCACAGCGAAUGUGCCAAGGCUGAACAGACCAAUCUGUUGCAAAAGUCCGACGUGCACAAAAAGACAGCAACUUCUCUGAAUGUACAAAAUGUGAAUGUAAAAGACAGUAAGAGUGACUGCAAAGAGGUGAGCUCUGCUGACGCGGUGUCCUGCUCUCAGCCGAAGCUUGAUGCCUCUGAUCUGACUGUUAACAGCUGUGUGCAGGAGACGCCCUCAGACACUACACCCUGCAGUCUGCCCUCACAGUCCAUGAUCUCUCAGACAUCUGCUGUGGAUGUGGUGAAGAGUUCUGUGGAUGUAAGAGGAGGGGGAACUGCAGAGAGCCAGUCUGUAGAAUCACAGCAGUGUGGAAAGGUUGGUAACAGCCAGACGGACAAAGACGUGAUGGGUGCACGUGAGCAGGGUGACGUAGAAGAGGAAGAGGUGGUGAUGGAAGAGGAAGAGGAGGAGAGUGCAGGGGGAGGCGGGGCUUCGGGAAUGGCUCUGGCCCUUUCCCAGAGCCAGCUGUUGUCUCCUGAGCCCAUGGAGGAGGACAGUGAAGACGGGGGAGCGGACAGCGUCAUCGUGGUGACAGACAGCGAGAGAGACUCCCAGAUUCAGAAGAAAGACGUGACGCCACAGUCAAAGAACAACAGCUCCCAGCCAAUCAGAGAUACUGUCUCCGCCUCCACCAACGGCCACGAGUCCCGGCCUCAGACGAAGGAGGCGAACGCGGCUCCUGAUAGGUUCUCCCAGACUGAGAAGGCGGGGCCUGAACCAGAGGGGCUCAAAGACAAGAGUCUCGGUGAUAGUUCUGGAGAAAUUUCCUUCCACUUCACACUUCCCAAAGAAGGGGAGCUGAUUGGUCCUGCUGUUGGUGCCACACCCCCUCUGAUCAACCAGCUGAAGCAGACGCUGAGACACAGCACUCCCAUUGAGAUCACUUCCUUCUCUGAAAAGUCAGACAUGGUGGGUGACGUCUCUGCGGAUGUGGCGAUGGCUGCCAGUGACAUCGUGUCAGGGGAGAGCGGCGAGGACACGGCGGAGAAGGGGGACGGGAAGCUGAGUUUGAGGAUGAAGCUGGUGACCCCCGUUGAAGAGGGCAGCUCGGAGCGCUUCAGCCUGCAGAAGCCAACACUAUCAGAGGAGGAUGGAUCUGUCGUCAAGGUUACCACUGUUUCCAAGGCUGUAACCAGCAGCCCGUCGGUGUUUAGUCGAGUCAGGCAGGUGCACAGACAGCAGGAGGCAGAGGAGGACAGCCAUCCCGCAGGCAACUCUACACCUGUCAGGGGGGAGCUGUUCGCCUCACCACAGAGAAGUUCCCAGGCGUCCUCAGGCGGAUGCAACAGCCUCCCUAACAGCCAAUCAGAGCCUUCGCAGAAGGAAAUAUUGGCAGCGGUGCAGCAGCAGAAGCCCAUAAAUACUCCCACCCCUGCCGAGCCGUCUGAAGAGAGGCGAGGACCGGCAGAAGUUUCAGAGCCUCCCACCCCGAACAGGACAGACGCCCGGCAGAGGGUGGUUUCACAGCAGAACUCUGACAACACCAUCACCUCCAGUCCGUCCAACAAGCUCCGUCAGCGGACAGUCUCCCAGCAGACCAGCUUCGACGCCCCGGGGCUGCGCUCCCCAGCUGGCAGGGGUGAACCAGAGUCUCCGUCCUUCAGAAGAACUGCAGGCCCCUCCCACUGCAGACACGUGCGCACCAUCCAGGAAGUGCGGACCACCAUCACGCGGAUCAUCACAGAUGUGUAUUACGAGGACGGCAAAGAGGUGGAGCGCAAAGUCACCGAGGAGAGCGAGGAGCCAGUGGUGGACUGCCACGUGUUGGACAGCGACAUCUCUCCAUGCCGCACGGGCAGCAGCUCCGUGAACUCCGGUGACCUGGCUGACAUCAGCUCUCUGUCGUCCAAGGCCUCCAGCCUGCAGCACAGUUCGGGAGGAACCAGCAGCAGCACCGGUCUAACCAGGCCGGACUUCAUGAUGCCGCCCAGCCGAGGGGCCCGAUCCUUCAGUCCCAGGAGGGGAGGUGGGCAUCAACAGAGGGGUCACAGGGGUCAAAGGGCAGGGUCAGUGAUCACAAAGGGCAGAGGCUACGGCACCCUUGGGUCCCGGGGCUUCGUCCCACUGACUCCCAGAGGAAGGGCUAGAAGGGGCCGACCUCCGUCCCGCUCCUCCCUGUCCAGGGGAGGUGGCGUUGGUCCGUUGCACAGACUUGGUGCUCAUGGCCAGCCACAGUCCUCCUCAGAGGACGAGCCCUACACCCGCAUGCUCCCCCCACGCCUCCCCAUCAGCUCCACAGACGCCGAGCUCCCCAGCCACUCCGACUCCCUCAGGUCGUCGCCGGAGGAGGCGAGCCUGGCCGGCAGCAGCUUCGUCGGCCUGCGGGUGGUGGCCAAGUGGUCGUCCAACGGCUACUUCUACUCGGGCCGCAUCAUCAAAGACGCCGGGGAGGGCAGGUUCCGCCUGCGAUUCGACGACGGUUACGAGUGCGAGGUGGUGGGGAAGGACAUCCUGCUGUGUGAUCCCAUUCCCCUGGAGACGGAGGUCACCGCUCUGCUAGAGGACGAGUACUUCAGCAUAGGUGUUGUGAGGGGCCAUAAAACAGAGGGCCAGGAGCUGUUCUACAGCGUGGAGCGGGACGGCCAGAGGCAGUGGUACAACAGGACCUCAGUCAUCCUCUCUCUGGAGCAGGGCAACAAGCUGAGGGAGCAGCACAGCCUCGGGCCCUACGAGCCCUCCACUCCCCUCGCCAAGGCCUCCGACAUCAGUCUGGAUAACCUGGUGGAGGGGAAGAGGAGGCGCAGAGUGGCCCCCGGGGGUCAGAACACUCCCAACCGCAGCUCCUCCAGCAGCCCCCGUACCCCCGGCCCCUCCGGCAAGAGGAAGCUGAUGACCUCUGAGGACAACAGGACGCCGGCCAAGAGAGGCCGCAGGGGUCCAGGCGCCAGAGCCGCUCAGCGGGUCGGUGUGUGUAACACCUCCGGCAGCGGCACAGAUCUCCCCGGUCAGUCGUGUGGCGUGGCGGAGACUCACGGCCCGCUGCCCCAGAACACGUCUCUCUUCAUGGGCUUCGCGUUCAUGCUAACGGCCUCGUCGGAGAUCGACCGGCUGACCAACAAACUCACCUGCGAUGAUGAUGAGGAGGAUUACAUUCAGACAGGUCCAUACAACAAGGCGUACACAGAGUCCCAGCUGCUGGCAGGUGGAGGCUUCAUCCUGCCUGACUUCAAUGAAGAACAGUGUAAGGCAGCGUACCAGAGCCUGCUCAUUGCAGACCAGCACUGCCGUACCAGGAAGUACCUGUUGUGUUUGGCCAGCGGUGUGCCGUGCGUGUCACAUAUUUGGGUGCGAGACUGCUGCAAAGAGAACAAGCUGCUCAACUACAGGAAUUACCUGCUGCCUGCAGGUGUGGGGCUGGACGACGCCGUAGUAGAAUGGCAUCCCCGCAGCAGUCCAUUCAAAGCCCUGCGGGUCCUUCUAGUGUUUGAGAAGCCAGUGGAGCUCUGGGCCCAGCUGAUCACCAUGGGUGGAGGCUCCUCCGUCCGACACUUCCAGGGAGACAAGGACAGCUCAGACAUUCCUGCUGGCAAGUACGACGUUGUGGUGACAGACCAUGCCUGUCCACCACUGGUAGAGAAAAAUGUGACAUCGCAGGAAGUCCCGCUGGUGUCUCCUGAGUGGCUCAUUCAGAGUGUCAUCAGUGGGGAGCGCGUGGGUUUCCACAGCAAGCCUCAGUAUCACCACGACUACUCGUCCUAAUCUGACUCCACAUGUGCAAAAUGCCUUCGACCAUAUUAAAUGUUCAACAUUAGUUCUGUUGCAUGCCUCUGCUGUAUAUAACUUUAUCCUGUCUGUUUUUAUGGGAUAAUAAAUUGUGACCCUGGUUUCAUUUAA